AUGUCCUCUUUCUAUCAGCUCCGCCAAGCUCCGUCCUUCUCCGCCGAUCCCCUCAGCUGCCAUGAGGAAGAUAUCUUUCCCUUUCGGGAGGAGGAGGAGGAGCAGAACCGCCGCCAUGAGGGCUACCCGUCUCCGGCAAUAGUUGCAGAGGAUGCAGGGGAUCUGCUAUGGGAGUGGGGAUGGGACGGGGACGGAGGAGAGGAGGAGAGGGCGGAGCUGGCGGCGCUGCUCUCUAAGCAGGCGGCAACCGGUGGCUCCACCGACCCUUCACUCUUCUCCACGAGGGACGACGCCGUGCGGUGGCUCCUGAGGGCCUCCGGCCGCCAUGGCUUCACCACCCAGACGGCCCUCCUCGCCGUUGACUACCUCGACCGCUUCCUCUUUGCCACCCGCUCCGGCGGUGGCGCCGCCACCCACCAGCAGCAGCAGCCCUGGAUGGCGCAGCUCUCUGCUGUCUCCUGCCUUUCCCUCGCCGCCAAGAUGGAGGAGAUCCGCGUCCCCCUCCUCCUCGACCUUCAGGUACCCUUCCAUCUCCUCCUCCUCCGUCAUCUUCUUCUUCUUCUCGCCCAUCAAUGGAUCUGUGUCUGUUUCCUAUGGCUGAUCUGCUUCCGGUGAAGGUGGAGGAUGCGAGGUUCAUCUUCGAGGCGAGGACGGUGCAGAGGAUGGAGCUGCUGGUGCUGUCCACGCUGGGAUGGCGGCUCGGCUCCCCAACGCCGCUCUCCUUCAUCGAUCACUUCCUCCGCCGGCUAGCCGCCGGGGACAAGGCGGCGUCGCCGUCCUCCUCCUGGAAGCGCCGCUACGCCCACCUGCACUGGAAGUUCCAGGCCAGCUGCCACUCCAUCCUCCUCUACCUCGCCGCCGGUGAGUUCUUCCUCCUCCUGCCACCAUUCCCCCACUUGUCGCUGUUCUUCACUGGUUCCUCAUCCCGAUUUUUCCAUCCGUUGCGGCGGCCCAGAUCCCAGAUGGCUCCAGUUCCUCCCGUCAGAGGUGGCGGCGGCGACGAUGAUCCACGCACUCGGCCGGCUCCUUGAUCACCCUCUCUGCGCUGUAAACUUGCAGAGCCGCCUCAUGGAUCUCGCCGGCGUCACCAAGGUACAAUCGAAGCCGAUGAUUGUUGCAAUGAGUUUUAAGCAUGAUUGAAGCGAGAUUUCUCGUUCUUAGGUUGGUUUUUUCUGAUUUUCCAGGAUCGAUUCGAGGCCUGCUCGGAGUUCAUCGGUGGCGCCGCCGGCUACUGGAACGGCAAGCGGCGGCGCUCGUCGCCGGGGAGCCCGCGCGGGGUGGCGGAGGUGACCUUUAGCUGCGACAGCUCGCAGGCGCCGUCGGCGCCGGGCUCGGUAUCGUCGUCCCCAACAAUGCCGCCGGCGGAGGCGCCGUUCAAGAGGAGGCUGCACUCUCUCGUCGCCGGAGAAGAUGAGCAGAGCCGCCGCCGGCCCCUUCUCGAUGGGGUCUUCGUUUGA